AUGCUCAAUUUUCUUGUUUAUGUAGUUGGUCAUCCUUGCCACAAGCGUUUCUCAUACAACCUUGGCCGAGAAGAAGUUCCUUCACCUAAUGGAGAAGAUGUCAAAGUUGUAGAAGAGCUUGGUGGCUUACCAAGAAAGGGUUCUUCAAGAGUUGAAAGAGAAGGGGAUAUACAACUUAGCUUGAAAGAGAUGAUCGAGGAGUGGAACAGGGCUGGUGCCAUGCAUUCAUUUCUAAAGCUUGACUCCUCAAAGAUCCUAUUUGAGGAUGAUCCUCCCUCAGUUAUUGAGAAAGAAGGAGAGAAGGAAGAAUAG